UUCAUCGACGGCCGGCAGACGGUGAAGACGUGUGUGUUCCGACGCCCAAAAGCAGCACAUUCGCUGAAUCUCAAGAGGCCCGAUUAGGGCAACUUAUCAGUCUCAGCCGGAGCGAUUAGAUGUGCGAUAAGGGAUUGCCGGCGAAACUAGCCUAGCACCUAAACCACCACCUUCACCUGUCAUUCGCAAUGGCCACCUUGGGCGCCUGGGACUACACCAUCCUGGCGGUGGUGCUGGUCAUCUCUGUGGCCAUUGGCAUAUAUUACCGCUUCGUGGGUGGCAGGCAGAGCACCACUACCGAAUACCUGCUGGCGGAUCGCUCCAUGGGCGUAACUCCGGUGGCCUUCAGCCUGAUGGCCAGCUUCAUGUCGGCCAUCACCAUACUGGGCGUAUCCAUGGAGAACUACCAGUACGGCACCAUGUUCGUGGUGAUCAACCUGUCGUAUGUGUUGUCCACGCCAGUGGCCGCCUAUCUCAUCAUUCCGGUCUUCUACCGCCUGAAGACGGCCAGCGUGUACGAGUAUCUGGAGCUGCGCUUCGGCUAUGCCACCCGACUGGCCGCCUCGCUCAGUUUCACGCUGCAGAUGGUCCUCUACAUGGGCAUUGUGGUCUACGCCCCGGCCUUGGCCCUGGAGGCUGUGACCGGACUGAACCAGGUCUUCUCCAUUGUAAUCGUUGGCGUCGUGUGCACCUUCUAUGCAACGCUCGGCGGGAUGAAGGCCGUACUCAUCACGGAUAUCUACCAGUCGCUACUCAUGUUCGCCUCUGUAUUCUGCGUGAUCAUCUGCGCCUGGGUGAAGGCCGGCAGCUUGGAGGAGAUAUGGCGUGUGGCACAGGAGAACGGCCGCAUCGAUUUCAGCAACUUCAGUGUGGAUCCCACGGAGCGACACACGUGGUUCACCCAGAUCCUGGGCGGAAGUGCCACCUACCUGGCCAUCUAUGGGGUGAACCAAGCGCAAGUUCAGCGCCUGAUGUCGGUGCGAAGUUUGAGUGCUGCUCGAGCGGCCCUGUGGUGGUGCCUGCCCAUCCUGUGCCUGCUGAGCGUGAGCACCUGCUUCUCGGGGCUGUGCAUCUACUGGUACUACCGCGACUGCGAUCCGGUUCUGGAGGGACGGGUCAACUCACGCGACCAGGUGAUGCCGCUCUUUGUCGUGGACACGAUGUCACAGUACACCGGCCUCGCCGGGCUCUUUGUGUCGGGGAUCUUCUGCGCCAGUCUCUCCACGAUUAGCUCGAUAAUUAGCUCAUUGGCGGCCGUCACUUUGGAGGAUUACCUCAAGCCUUUGGUUAGCUGCUGCGCCAAACGGACGCUCACCGAUCGCCAGACGUUGUGGUAUUCCAAGUUGCUGUCGCUAUUCUUCGGUGCCCUGUGCAUCGGCAUGGCCUUCAUGGCGGGAUCCAUUGGAGGACUUCUGCAGGCGGCACUCUCAAUUUUCGGCAUCAUCGGCGGCCCGCUGCUGGGACUCUUCACGCUGGGCAUGUACGUGACCAGGGCCAACGAAAAGGGAGCCAUCGGAGGGCUGCUCAUCUCGCUGGCGUUCUGCCUGUGGAUCGGUUUUGGGCAGCCAAAACCUCCGCUAGUUAGCUUGGACAUGUCCACGGCCCACUGUCCCGUGAAUAGAAGCUAUAACGGGGAUAUUUUCGUAAAAGCUGCGAAUGCCGAGGAGCCUAAGGAUGGAGGCGAUCAUUUCUUUUAUUUGUACAGGAUCAGCUACAUGUGGUACGCUGCCCUGGGCUUUCUGAUUGCCUUCUUCGGCGGAUGGCUAUUGUCCUGGCUGUUUGCCCUCCUUAACUGGGAUAACAAUCAUCGCAUCUACCAGGAUGCAGACUGUAAGCUUAUUAAGCACGAUCUCUUUGUGCCGCCGCUGGCCAAACGUCUGCAACGGCGACAGAUGCCACUGCUGGUGGUCACCGGCACCAGCUCGGAGAUUGGGGGCAUCCCGGCGGAGACGGUGGAGACAGCACCACCGCCGACGCGUCUGGACGAGAUCGAGUGGGAGAAACACAAGGCUGUGGCGUAGCUCAA